CAGGUGGAAGACGGUUCUGUAAUGUAGGUAACACAACCAACCACUAACGGUCUCCAAACAAAUCUUCAUUCCUCAUUUCGAAUUUGCACGUAAGACGCCUUCGCCCAAGUCGUCGUAUCAGCCAAUUCGAAUAGCAUCACUCUCUCUUCUUCUAAAAAUAGAGUCAGUGAAUGUCAGCUCUCAUUGCAUAGGUGAAAUUGCAUUUUUGAAUCUCGGAAGCUGCUGAAAACUUGUUGACCACAAAAAAAUGGCCAAGUAUACCUAUAAAGCGACCGUAUUUCUGAUAAAAUUGUUCAAAACGCUUGAAAUGUUUUGGAUCCGUAUGUUUCGAAAUCGGUUCGAACGAAUCACUACCAAAGUUUAUCGAAGAGGAGGUAUCAUUUUGAAUGGGGACAAACCAUGGGAUAUUCAGGUAAAAAAUAGGGAAUUCUACAGCCGAGUGGUCAAUCAUGGUUCUUUGGGAAUUGGCGAGAGUUACAUGGAUGGCUUCUGGGAUGCCGAGGACAUUGUUGAGUUGACCUGUAGGACAAUGAAAAACGGGAUUUACAGGAUUUAUAUGAAUCCUUGGAACAGAUUUCUCAAUUUCUUGGAGUGUUAUUUCUUUAAUCUUCAGUCCAAAGAGCAGUGUUGGGAAGUAGGCCAAAAGCACUAUGACACAGGAAAUGAUCUGUUCGAGUCCUUCCUCGACCCAUCCAUGAAUUACAGUUGUGGUUACUGGAAGUCGGCGAAGAAUCUCACGGAGGCACAAAUUGCAAAAAUGGAACUAAUUGCACAAAAAUUGAGCUUAAAACCUGGGAUGACGGUGCUCGAUAUUGGUUGCGGGUGGGGUGGACUUUGUUACCACUUGGCCAAAAAUUAUGGCGUCUCUGUCGUGGGAAUCACAAUUUCCAAGGAACAAGCAGCCUUAGCACAACAGCGGUGCGAAGGUCUACCCGUUGAAAUCAGGCUGGUCGACUAUCGAGACCUUAAGGAAAAAUUUGACCGCAUCGUCUCCGUCGGAAUGUUUGAGCAUGUCGGCCACAGUAAUUACCGUGAAUUCUUUGAGACGUCCCAUCGAUGCUUGAAAGAUGACGGAAUUUUCCUGCUGCAUUCAAUAGGAGUGAAUCAUAAAGACAUUCCAUGUGCAGAACCGUGGUUCCAUUACUACAUCUUCCCUAAUGGGAUCUUGCCCUAUUACAAACACAUCACUGACUGUUCUGAAGGGCUGUUUAUAAUAGAAGACUGGCAAAAUAUGGGGAAUGAUUAUUCCAGAACUUUGUUAGCGUGGCUGGAGAAUUUUAAGAAGAACUGGCCAACAAUUGAAGCCAAAUAUGGACCACGGUUUUACCGAAUGUGGAACUAUUAUCUGCAAUUCUCGGCUGGAUCGUUUCGCUCGAGAAAGUUCCAAUUGUGGCAAGUUGUUUUAAGCAAAGACGGAAUUCAAGGUGGAUAUUAUGCUGCACGAUAAGUCCGAUCUAUAUUCUGUGUUACAUGCAUGAUUUAAUAAUUUCUGCUACAAAGGAAUAUAUGUAUUCUGCUAUACUUACAUAAUAUGCCAUUCUAAUAAAUGUACAAGUUUUGGGGUAUUUCAAACGAAA